CGGGUGCACCCGGGUGGGGAAUCGGAACACAGCAAUAUUCGCGAUAUUUUCUAUGGUUGCAAUAAACUCUGUUGGACUUGGACGCGUAUUUAUAUGAAACAAACUACAUAACGUUGUGCACGUGUGCACAUAUUAAUUUUAUUUAUUAAUCGUGUUCCUUUAAGUGUUGCAUUGUCGAUAUAAAACGAGAAUACAGAAUAUUAUUAUUAGUGUUUUUAUCGAAUUAUAGAUGAUUUAUUAUGAUUGUAUGUUUAAUUGAAAUCAUUUAAAAUUUGUAUAUUGCCGGCUUUCAUCUCCUGUAAGGUUAUUUGAAAUAACGUGCAAGAAAAAAAAAGGAAUACAAUUGGAAUCAUAUUUAUCACAUAAAUCAACUGUAUUUCAGAAAAGGAAAUAUAUAUUUAAUUAUAUAUUGCAAUGACAAAUCAAAGACCAGUUUCCUGUGGAUUGGAUUUCUGCUAUGCUGCAAAUUUAAAUGAAUGUCUAGCUUAUGCAAACGAUUCAAAAUAUGACUUUAUAUGCAUUCCUUUGGUUCAUCCUUUAUUCAAUAGAGAAUUUAUUUCUGGUCCUGCCAAGGAUCGUCCAGGACCAUUUACCAGGCCUGAUUUAAUUUUAUGUAGUUCAGAUUGGAAUAAUUUAAUAAUUGGCAAAUUUUCGCCGUUUAUCAAUGUGGAUUCAACCAAUCCAAUUAUUAGAAAAAAUAGUGAAGAAACCUUGAAUCAAGAAUUAAGUUUAGUUAGCCAUUUUGGUUUAUCAGGAGCAACUUUAAAGUUAAAACAUGGGAUAAAUAAAAAUGUGAAUCUUGCAAGAAUUAUUUCUGACAAAAUAUCAAAUAACAAUACUAAUUUUCAGAUAUGGAUACAAGUUCCUAUGGAAAAUCCAAUUAGACAAGCCUAUUCUUAUAGGACAGAGGAUUGUCCAGCAGACGAGAAUCCAUGGGAAUGGUGGAAUGCAUUUAGAACAAUAUGUGACUAUAAUAAAAGAUUAGGAGUUGCGUUAAUUGUUAGUCAUGACGUGCCUGAAAUGGAAGAGAUAGAUAAAUGGCUUGGAGAACCAGUGAGAUGCUUGAUUUUACCGACGACGAUAUUUCUAACUAAUAAAAAAGGAUAUCCGGUACUAAGUAAAGCACAUCAAGCGAUAGUAAAAAGAUUCGCUGCAUUAGAAGUGCAAUUCGUUUUGACGGGCGCAACGCGUUAUCAAAGUAUUAGCUAUUAUCAUAACUAUCUUGAUUAUCUAUGGAAGGGAUGCCAGAGUGAUGGAACAAUAGAAAAAUUUGCUCGAGGAUACGAAGAUUAUUUGCAAUGUCCGUUACAACCUUUAAUGGAUAAUCUCGAAUCACAAACUUAUGAAAUAUUUGAAAAGGAUCCUGUGAAAUAUCGAGAAUACCAGAGCGCUACAUAUGAAGCUAUCAAAGCAAUCGUAUCCAAGAUUAAGGAGGAAGAAAGAAAAAUAGUCAUUAUGGUAGUUGGUGCUGGAAGAGGACCACUUGUAACCGCAUCUCUAAAUGCUGCAGAAAUGGCCUAUCAGGAAGUGAAAGUAUAUGCAGUAGAGAAGAAUCCGAAUGCUGUGAUAACAUUACAGGCUCUUCAGAGAGAUAUAUGGAAAAACAAGGUUACAGUAGUAUCAUGUGACAUGAGGGACUGGAAUCCUCCCGAAAAAGCUGAUAUUAUUGUUUCCGAAUUACUCGGGUCCUUUGGUGAUAACGAAUUAUCUCCAGAAUGCUUAGAUAAUGUCAUGAAAUUCCUACAAGAUGAUGGAAUCAACAUACCACAAUCAUACACUUCAUAUAUUGCCCCUAUGCAUUCCUCUAAACUGUACAAUGAAGUAAGACAACUUAGAGAUAAAGAUAAACAUCCAUUAGCUCAUUUUGAAACUCCAUACGUGGUGCAUCUUCAAAAUAAAUAUGACAUAGCAAAUCCAAAGCCACUUUUUACAUUCAAACAUCCAAACACAGAUGUUAUUACUGAUAAUUCGAGAUAUGAAACAAAAACUUUUCAAGUGGAACAGAAUUGCGUGUUACAUGGAUUUUCAGGAUACUUCACAGCAAUUCUAUAUGAAAAUAUCACAUUGAGCAUAGAACCUAGCACAUAUAGCCCAGAUAUGUUUAGCUGGUUCCCAAUCUUCUUUCCAAUUAAGGAACCAAUACAAUUGAAAGCAGGAGACGAAAUAGUGGUUCACUUUUGGCGCAGAUGUGAUUCUAAAAAGGUGUGGUAUGAGUGGUGUCUUAGCAAACCUAUUCCAGUCUCGAUUCACAAUUCAACUGGUCGUUCUUCCACUAUUGGAUUAUAAUGUAAUAAUUCUGAUUUUUCUUUGUUUAAGAAUUUCUUGUCAACAUACGUUGACAUAGUUUAUUAAAUGUCGAUUGUGUAACUAAAUCUUUAUAGAGAAUUAUAACAUUUUAUAAUAAUUACAUAAUUAAAUAUUUCUAGCGAAUCUAGGCAACAUUACAUAUAUUAAUGUAAUAUUUUUGCAUUAGUUUAAUUUAUGACUUGUAAGAUUGCCUAGUUCUUAAUAUCAUGACAAGAAUUCAAUUUGAUAAUAGAACUUGAUGUAAAAUUAAUAUGAAUAUUUCUAUUUAUGUGUGGUUGAUGCAGAAAAGUACUACUUCCAAAAGGUUUAUUACUUUAUAUUACUUUGAAAAAAUUAUAUGUACUCAAACAUAAAAUUUUUUCAUCACCUGGUAUAGGUUCACCAUCGAGUGAUAAUUAUUGAUACUGUAAAACGAUAAAAAGAUUACAGGAAUAUAUAUAUAUAUAUAUAUAGGCAUAAAAGAUACUUAAGUAGUCGAUGUGUGAAAGAGAUACAUGAAUGCUAUUUUACUGUAGACAUUUUUUUAUAUAUUGAUAAGUUUAUAUGACACCGAUCUCAGAGGUCAAUGAUAUGCUAGAACUUUGAUAACUUGUAUGACGAGAUAUUCUCAACACGUGACUGUCUUAUUAACUAUCUCAUAAAUUCACGUGAUGUACAGUUCAAGUAACAUUGUGUAAAUUUCAUAUGAAUACAUUGUAAGUAGCAUUAUCAAAUCUUAUACUCAUAUGACAAUGAUUUUAAAUGUACGUAUGUACAUUUAAUAUUUAUA